AGUUCUGUUGUUAAAUAUUAAUAGUCAAAUAUAAAUAAUAAUUGUGUGCGAUGCAGUUGCUUCAUUUGCUGUUCACUUUGCUAAUCUUCAUAGAGAGCAGUCAAUCUUCUUCGAUCCAAGACCCGAAUGAUAUUGACUUGGAGUUUAUACAUGCAGCUAAAGAGUUGGUUUCAUUUGUGCGCUUGGACAUUAAGAAAUUAAAUAGGAGAACUCGACAAUUCAUUGCAGCGGACGUUCGUCAAAAUCAACUUAAAGUGAUCCAACAUCUCAAGAAUGUCAAAGAAAAACUUGAUCAGAUCGAAGAGCUACACUUAACACUUCACGAAAAAAAGUUGUAUUAUAAUUUUGGGGACGGAAGUUAUUUAGAAGGUGCAAUAGAUUGGAUUUCAUUCGACUUAGAUUUGGACUUUUGCGAGAAUUGUUCGGAAGAAACUCUCUUGAGCUUAACUAAAAAACCAGCUCUACUGAAAUUUACGUUCUUCAUGUAUAAAAAUGACUUUUAUAAGGAACUGCAUGGAAUUGUUUGUGAUUAUGAUUAUAUACUAGUGAAGUGCGUCAGAACACAAUUAAACAGAUGGACGAAAAUAUAUGAACUUCCAUUAAAUGCCAUGUGCAAAGCUCGACAAUCGCCUCAGCAAUUAUUCUACUCCUUCUAUAAGGAUAUUGCUCUAGCCGAACUCAAGGCAUAUAUUCUGAUUGAGUAUGGAUUAAUGAUUCAUCGAGUUACGCGCAAUCUUCAUUUUUAUAAGAGAAGAAUGAAUUUACUACGCAACUACGAUGAACUCACUGAAAGAGCUCUCAAGACUCUUAGCAAUGUUGUGGAAAAAGCCGAUCGUGUUUUAUUUCGAUGUGAUCCACCUCUUCAAAAAGGAAAUAUUACCUUAGAUGUGGAUGAGAUUCGUUACUUCAAUCUUCGAGAGACUUUAUCGGAUGUUAAGGUCAACAAAGUGGUGACUGGAGUCAGGUUUGUGAAGAGCAAUCGGGUUUUCCAUUUGCAAAUACAACAAGGACAACUCCUGCCCCGUGGUUUCAUCAAAGCCUCAACCGUGGAGUGGAAACCAUUGGUCUAGUAUUACAGUUAGCUUGGCAUAACGUUUCUGUUAAAACGAACACAAAAGCGGAACAAAUUAUCAAUGGAAAGUAUAUAUCUAACAAAAAAGGUUUGUAUAAC